AACGAGACGUGUGGACAUGUUUGCCUAUCAAUUUCAGUAAGCUUCAAUGAAUUGCCCUAAUGUAUAAUUUAGUGGAUCAUUAGUCAGAAAGGUUGGGGACCGCUGAUGUAGUCGAAAGAAUGAAGUUUUGGAUGCUAGAAUACUUGGUGCAUGAUUAGGCAGUAAUCGUAUUCCAGAACGACUCUCAAGCCCUGACAUACUAAUCAGAGAAAUUUUGGCCUGUAAUUGAUCUUAGACGUUGACGUUUAUAAUAGAAUUUUUUAGUGUCUGAAGCUGAAACAAGAAAAUUUCCCUCCCCAGUCUGAGUGGUAUCAAAUCUGUUUCUGUUUAUGUCCGAUUGUGGGAAAGUUGGCGAAAUUGUACGACCACCAAGUUUUCGAGAUCGACCACGCGCUGGCGUUGCGUGUUCAUCGCAGCGUAAGUUAUCAGCUGAUGAAUCCGUGCGGGUGGUAAAGAAUGGAUUGGAUUACUGUGGUUCUUAUAAAAGUGACCGAAAACAUGUUGUGUUUUGCCUGAGACGGUACUUGAUCGUUGGAUCGGUGACGGGCAAUAAGUCGAAGCCACAGAGACGAUGCGUGGGAAGAGGAGGGGAAACUACCCUCGUGUGAAAAUUGUGAUGUGGGUCUCUGCAUCUACUGAUUUGAGAAUAAUCACACCAAACUCAACUUUAAGUUCUCGACGCCAAGCGCCGCGCUGGAUUUCCCGGUCCGCUUCAGUCACCACAUGGCUGGCUGCCUCAAGUCGCCAGGGACAUCGGCGACAUCGCACCACCAAUACCACACCCCGCACCCCGCAAUGCCGGUUCCGGGGCUCACCGGACCCUACGGCUUGUCCCACGCCCUGGACCCCGUCGGGUUCCAGCAAGGGGUGGCUCCCCGUAAGCAGCGUCGGGAGAGGACGACGUUCACCCGGGCGCAGCUGGACGUCCUGGAGGCCUUGUUCCUGAAGACCCGCUACCCGGACAUCUUCACGAGGGAGGAGGUGGCCGUCCAGAUAAACCUUCCGGAGUCCAGGGUCCAGGUGUGGUUCAAGAACCGACGAGCCAAGCACCGCCAGCAGCCUCAGCUACAGCAACAAAGCGCCAAGCCUUCUAGAGUUGGCGGCGGGGGCAAGAUGAAGGCCCCGAAGAGUUCCCCGCCACCUCCAGCCCCGUCCAGCACCGGCAGCAACAGCGUGUCGCCCCCGGUCAACGUCGCCCUGAAGAAGGAGCAGUCGCCGGAGAUCUCAUUCCAACAGCUGCGCAUCGGGGACGGCGGCAGCGUCCCUCCGUCCUCAGCGAUGACCACUCCCAGUCCCCCGAUCACUCCCGGGUACCAGCACGACGUUUCGCCCUACAACAGCUUCAGCUGGGGGGCAUCCGCCCCCGCCAACACGUCGUCCACGCACUGCUACGCGCAGAACUACGGCUCCUACUACGGAAACAUGGCCGUCCGCUCCUACUUCCCCCCCCCCCCC